CGGCGCUGCCCGCCGCUCGCCGUGCCGGGAAGGCGCGGCCCUGCCGCCGCCGCCCGGAAGCCGCGGGGCGCGCCCGGAAGGCGGUGGCGGCCGGGAGGCGGUGCCGGGGCUGCCACGUUGGAGCGGUCCGGGGACGGGUGAGCGCCGGCGACGCGGAGCAAAAUGAAGCUGAAGGAAGUGGACCGUACUGCCAUGCAGGCAUGGAGCCCUGCCCAGCAGCACCCCAUUUACCUGGCCACAGGUACAUCAGCUCAGCAGCUGGAUGCAACCUUCAGUACAAGUGCUUCUCUAGAAAUAUUUGAGUUGGACUUAGCAGACCCUUCACUGGAUAUGAAGAGCUGUGCCACAUUCCCCUCCUCACACAGGUACCACAAGCUGAUCUGGGGCCCUCACAGCAUGACCUCAGGGGACAGAGUGUCUGGAGUCCUGAUUGCUGGGGGUGAAAAUGGAAAUGUCAUCUUGUAUGACUCAGCCAAAAUCAUAGAUGGGGAGGCUGAGGUAAUAAUAGCCCAGAAAGACAAGCACACGGGACCAGUGAGAGCGCUCGAUGUCAACAUGUUCCAGACUAAUCUGGUGGCCUCUGGUGCUAAUGAGUCUGAAAUCUAUAUCUGGGACUUGAACAACUUUGCUACACCAAUGACACCAGGAGUGAAGACACAGCCUCUGGAGGACAUCAGCUGCAUUGCAUGGAACAGGCAAGUGCAGCACAUCCUGGCGUCCGCCAGCCCCAGCGGCCGAGCCACCGUGUGGGAUCUCAGGAAGAACGAGCCCAUCAUCAAAGUCAGUGACCACAACAACAGGAUGCACUGCUCAGGCUUGGCGUGGCACCCUGAAGUUGCCACCCAGAUGGUUUUGGCCUCGGAGGAUGACAGGCUGCCUGUUAUUCAGAUGUGGGACCUAAGAUUUGCCUCCUCACCACUUCGUGUUCUAGAAAGUCACACAAGGGGUAUAUUGGCCAUUGCUUGGAGUAUGGCAGAUCCAGAGCUGCUACUUAGCUGUGGGAAGGAUGCUAAAAUUCUCUGCUCCAACCCUAACACAGGCGAGGUGCUGUACGAGCUGCCCACGAACACCCAGUGGUGCUUUGAUAUCCAGUGGUGCCCGAGGAACCCUGCUGUGCUGUCUGCAGCCUCCUUUGAUGGGCGCAUCAGUGUCUACUCCAUCAUGGGCGGCAGCGCCGAUGGCCUGAGGCAGAAGCAAGUUGACCAGCUCUCCUCGUCUUUUGGGAACCUCGAUCCGUUUGGCACGGGCCAGCCCCUGCCUCCCCUGCAGCUUCCCCAGCAGACUGCCCCACAGAGUGUGGUGAUGCCUCUGAAGAAACCACCCAAGUGGAUCCGGCGACCCAUGGGAGCAUCCUUCUCGUUUGGAGGCAAGCUGGUGACGUUUGAGAAUACCAAGCCUCCGCAGCAGCCGGGCAUGGAGCAGCAGCAGCAGCAUCCCCACGUCUACGUGAGCCAGGUUGUCACAGAGAAGGAGUUCCUGGCCCGCUCAAACCAGCUGCAGGAGGCUGUGCAGUCUGAGGGCUUUGUCAGCUACUGCCAGAAGAAAAUAGACAUGGCCCUGGCUGACUUUGAGAGGAACGUGUGGGCCUUCUUAAAGGUGAACUUCGAAGAAGAUUCACGUGUUAGAUACCUCGAGCUCUUAGGAUACAGGAAGGAUGAUCUGAGGAAGAAGAUCACAUCUGCUCUGAAUAAAGAAGGUCUUGCAGAUGGUGUCUUGGGAGAGGCUUCUACAGAAUCUGAUGGAUCUGUGCCAAAUGAGGGGGAUGAAGGCCAGACUACAGAGGAACAGCUCUUGGGAGAGACACUGAAGGACCAUAAAAAAGAAACUGAAGAUUUGGGACCUGCAAAGACAACAUUUAACAUUUCUGUUAGUGGAGAUGUGGAUGGGCUGAUCACACAGGCUCUGCUGACAGGGAACUUUGAAAGUGCAGUGGAUCUGUGUCUGCACGACAACCGCAUGGCCGACGCCAUCAUCCUGGCCAUCGCCGGCGGGCAGGAGCUGCUCUCCCGGACGCAGGAGAAGUACUUCGCCAAGAUGCGGAGCAAAAUCACCAGGCUCAUCACUGCAGUUGUAACAAAGAACUGGAAAGAAAUCGUGCAGUCUUGUGACCUGCAGAAUUGGAGAGAGGCAUUGGCUGCUGUGCUCACUUAUGCCAGGCCAGACGAGUUUACAGCCCUUUGUGAUCUCCUGGGUAGCAGGCUGGAGAAUGAGGGGGACAGCAUUCUGCAGACACAAGCUUGCCUCUGUUACAUUUGUGCUGGCAACGUGGAUAAACUUGUUGCUUGUUGGACCAAAUUUCAGGAUGGAAACAGCCCCUUGUCCCUUCAGGAUUUAAUAGAGAAGGUCGUGAUCCUGCGCAAAGCCGUGCAGCUCACGCAGGCUGUGGACCCGAACGCCAUGGGCGCCCUUCUGGCCGAGAAGAUGAGCCAAUAUGCCAACCUCCUGGCUGCUCAGGGAAGCCUGGCUGCAGCACUCACCUUCCUCCCUGCCAACACCAACCAGCCAAACAUCGUGCAGCUACGGGACAGGCUUUGCAGAGCCCAAGGGGAGCUCCCAGUGGGACAGGACGGCCUCAAGGGACCAUAUGAGAGAGAGCCCAUGCCCAAAGGGCGAGCUGGCCCCGUGGCUGGACGCAUGCAAGCGCCCCAGGCUCCAGCCCAGCAGUAUUACCAGCAGGUUAGAAUUGCCCCUACUGUCACUACCUGGAGUAACAAAACUCCUACUGCCCUUCCCAGCCAUCCUCCUGCAGGCUGUCCCUCUGACACACAGGGGGACAACCCACCUCCUCCAGGGUUUAUUAUGCCAGGUGCUGUUGGCCCCAGCAUGCCACCACAGCAAGCCACGUCCUCCAACUACAGCAUGUACUCGCAAGCGGGAACGCGGCCAGCGUACCCACAGACUUAUCAGGCCACACAGCAGUACUCCUCUGGAACUGGAGGACCAGCUCUCUAUCAGCCUCAGCAGCCUCUUGCUGCCCCUGCUUCAGCCUCUUACCCCAGCCCUGCCCCUAACACCACCCCCUCCUACCUGCCCUCUGCCCCUGCCCACUCCAUGCCCUCCCCGCUGUACCCCGGGCAGCCUCAACCCUCCCCAACGAGCCUGAAUCCCAUCUCUUCCUUCCCUGUUCCUCCUUCUGGCACAUCCUUUCAGCAUGGCAGGCCAGGACUUCCAGCAACUUCUGUGGCUUAUGCAUUACCUACUGGACCAACAGGUACUCUGCCUGCAGCCAGUGACCUUCCUGCAUCCCAGAGAACAGAAAGUCUACCAUCUCAAGACCAGGCCUCUUCCUUCGCAGGUGAACUAGGGCCUCAGAACGGCUGGAAUGACCCUCCCACCCUCAACAGAGCUGCCAAGAAGAAGAAGGUCCCUGACAACUUCCUGCCCCCGGUGCCCAUCACAUCCCCCAUCAUGAACCCGCUGGCGGACCCGCAGUCUCAGAUGCAGCAGCCCCAGGCUCCAGCACCGCCCAGCAGUGCCCCCAGCUUCCAGCCUCCACACCUCCCUGCAGGGCAGAUGGUGCUGCAGGGUGGCUUCCAGCCUGCUGCCCAGCCCCUGGGGCCAUCCACCAUGCCACCCACUGUUUCCAAACCCAGCACGGAGGGGGCCCCGGGGGCCCCGAUCGGCAAUGCCAUCCAGCAUGUGCAGGCACUGCCAACAGAGAAGAUCACCAAGAAGCCCAUCCCUGAGGAGCACCUUAUUCUGAAGACUACGUUUGAAGCUCUCAUCCAGAGGUGCCUGCUGUCUGCCUCCGAUCCGCAAACCAAGAGGAAACUGGAUGAUGCAAAUAAACGCCUGGAGUUUCUGUAUGACAAACUUAGGGAACAGACACUCUCUCCAACCAUCAUUAGUGGCUUGCACAACAUCGUGAAGAGCAUCGAGACCCGCAACUACCAGGAAGGACUGAACAUCCACACACACAUCGUCAGCACCAGCAACUUCAGCGAGACCUCUGCUUUCAUGCCAGUCCUCAAGGUUGUCCUCACCCAGGCCAAUAAGCUGGGGGUGUGAGGUGGCCCCACACUUGCAGAGAGCCCUGGUGGUUGCUUUCCCAAAGAGAAGUGCGUUUCUACGGCAGACAUGCGGGAAAUGGACCAAACGCUCGUCCUCACAGCAUGGCGCGGUAGAGCUGACAAAUGGCAUUACACUCUCCCUGCAAAGUACCUGGUUCUAGAAGGGCUGUGGAGCCCUGGUGCUUUUCUUCUUAUUUUAAUCCUUUUCCCCAUCCCUAACGAUUCUCAUCUACCAAUAGGAUAUUUAAUGGAUGAUGUCCCACGUCGUCAAUUUUUAGGUGCAUGUUACACUGCUAAACAGUGGCUUUUAAUAAGAGAUAUAUGCGUUGAAACGACAAGGUAGGUUGUGUAUUGGACCCUAAAACAGAUUAUUCCCUUCCACCCCACUGUUCCUUAUCCACCAGAUUAAAAGCAGUCUGAUCAUGUUACAAGUGUAUUUGGUCUUUCAUUUUAUGAAGCUGCUUGCAGUUCUGUUACUACAAUUUACAUGUUAAAUAGCUUAAUUGUGCACUGGGGCAAAUGAGUAAAAUAAAAGCUAAUGUGAUAUUUUCAAUAAAUGUAAAUUUAUUACAA